AUGAUGAAUUUACGUCAAAACGGAAGAAUCGAAGCUUUUAACAAUCACUUUGAUACAUUACUCAAAGAGUUACCAGCAGAUUACUAUACGGAAGAAUUAAAAUUAGAUAUGUAUCUAAGCCAGUUAAAACCGAACAUCAAAAGAGAAGUGAAAUGUAAAAAUCCGACGAAUUUAAAUUCAGCCAUGAGAACAGCGUUAUUAUAUGAUGAUCAAUAUAAUAACUCUACGUACCAUAAGAAUAAGCAAACGUCUAAGAAUCUCAAUCCAAAAGAAAACGUCUCGAUUGAUAGAGAUAUGGAUAAAAUGGAACUUGAUCAUAUACUGACGAGAAGAAAAUUUCCAAGCAAAUUAGAAUGCUACAAUUGUGGAAAAGAAGGACAUUUCGCAGCCAAAUGUACCAAUAGAUCAAAAAACUGA